AUGUACUUGCCAGGGAGAACCCAAGUCCUUCAAACCUCCUCCUUUUCACCUUCAUCCUUAACUUUGUGCUCGACCCAGCUGGUCCCCCCUCAACCCCCGAUCUCCACGUCUGCUUCCUCCUCUGGCACCACAACCUCCACCUCCUCGGCGACCUCGUCUCCGGCUCCCAGCAGCAGUAGCAGCAGCAGCUGCGGCCCCCUCCCCGGGAAACCCGUGUACUCUACCCCGUCCCCAGUGGAAAACACCCCCCAGAAUAAUGAGUGCAAAAUGGUGGAUCUGAGGGGGGCCAAAGUGGCUUCCUUCACGGUGGAGGGCUGCGAGCUGAUCUGCCUGCCCCAGGCUUUCGACCUGUUCCUGAAGCACUUGGUGGGGGGCUUGCACACGGUCUACACCAAGCUGAAGCGGCUGGAGAUCACGCCGGUGGUGUGCAAUGUGGAACAGGUUCGCAUCCUGAGGGGCCUGGGCGCAAUCCAGCCCGGGGUGAACCGCUGCAAACUCAUCUCCAGGAAGGACUUCGAGACCCUCUACAAUGACUGCACCAACGCAAGUUCUAGACCUGGAAGGCCUCCUAAGAGGACUCAAAGUGUCACCUCCCCAGAGAAUUCUCACAUUAUGCCACAUUCUGUCCCUGGCCUCAUGUCUCCUGGGAUAAUUCCACCAACAGGUCUGACAGCAGCAGCUGCAGCAGCUGCCGCUGCAACCAAUGCAGCUAUUGCUGAAGCAAUGAAGGUGAAAAAAAUUAAAUUAGAAGCGAUGAGCAACUACCACGCCAGUAAUAACCAACAUGGAGCAGAUUCUGAAAAUGGGGACAUGAAUUCAAGUGUCGGCAACAGUGAUGGUUCUUGGGAUAAGGAAACACUACAUUCUGAGAUCCCAUCCCAGGGAUCUCAGGCUUCCGUUUCCCACCCCCGCAUGCCUGGAGCACAUAGCCUUCCAGUUAGUCAUCCUCUCAACCAUCUUCAGCAGAGUCACCUUCUGCCAAAUGGGCUGGAACUUCCUUUUAUGAUGAUGCCCCACCCUCUAAUUCCUGUCAGCCUACCUCCAGCAUCUGUCACCAUGGCGAUGAGCCAGAUGAACCACUUGAGCACCAUUGCCAAUAUGGCGGCAGCGGCACAAGUUCAGAGUCCCCCUUCCAGAGUUGAGACAUCUGUUAUUAAGGAGCGCGUUCCUGACAGCCCCUCGCCUGCGCCCUCUCUGGAGGAAGGCCGGAGGCCCGGCAGCCACCCGUCCUCCCAUCGCAGCAGCAGCGUGUCCAGCUCCCCGGCACGGACUGAAAGCUCUUCAGACAGAAUCCCUGUCCAUCAGAAUGGCUUGUCCAUGAACCAGAUGCUGAUGGGUUUAUCACCCAAUGUACUCCCUGGACCCAAAGAGGGAGACCUGGCUGGUCAUGAUAUGGGACAUGAGUCAAAAAGGAUCCAUAUUGAAAAAGAUGAGACCCCGCUUUCUACACCAACCGCAAGAGACAGCCUUGACAAACUUUCUCUAACUGGGCAUGGACAACCACUACCUCCAGGUUUCCCAUCUCCUUUUCUGUUUCCUGAUGGAUUAUCUUCCAUAGAGACCCUUCUGACUAACAUACAGGGGCUCUUGAAAGUUGCCAUAGAUAAUGCUAGAGCUCAAGAAAAACAGGUCCAACUGGAAAAAACAGAGCUGAAGAUGGAUUUUUUAAGGAGGGAAAGAGAACUAAGGGAAACACUUGAGAAGCAGUUGGCUAUGGAACAGAAGAAUAGAGGUACUCCCAAACUUCCAAACAAGUUUAAUAGUUUAAGUAAAAUAUUCAACAUAAGGCUAAAGAAGGAGAAGAAGGCAAAGAGAAAAUUGCAGGAAGCACUUGAAUUUGAGACAAAACGACGUGAGCAAGCAGAACAGACGCUAAAACAGGCAGCUUCAACAGAUAGUCUGAGGGUCUUAAAUGACUCUCUGACCCCAGAGAUAGAAGCUGACCGCAGUGGCGGCAGAACAGAUGCUGAAAGGACAAUACAAGAUGGAAGACUGUAUUUGAAAACUACUGUCAUGUACUGAAUCUUUUCUGUCGAAGAAAUCCAUGUUAUGGUAAAGAACUUUGCAGAAAGACAUUCGUCAUGGGAAAGUUUGGGAAAAAUAAAGUCCUUUUAAGGGAACUUCCUCAAUUUUGUGUAUUAAUGUUCGUUGAAAGUUUAAGUAUUCUACAAAAAAAAAAAGUUUCCUCCAUUGAUUUUCACCUGUGGUUCAUAUCAGAGACCUGAGAAUGUUUGUAAAUGUACAAGUAUCAAACUUCUUACGGUUAAUAACUGCAACUUGCUGCUGGACACUUGUAUACAGAGUUAAAAGCAGGUCUCAGUAAGACCUAGCUUUGUUUUUGUUUUUGUUUUUUUAAUGGAAUGAACCAUUAUCCUCUUCUGAAAAUUCUGUAUCUGAGCACAUCAAGAAAAUCUUGUAGCAGUGGUUACCCAGACUUACAGAAUUAUGUCCUCCAGAAACCAGCAAAAACACUUGAAAAUGAACUUGUAGGGGGCGUAGAGGAGUUUGAAAAAAAAAAAAAGUAACAUCCUGUUACAUUCAACUUUAAACUCUCUAAUUGUGGGUUUUCUCCUGAAGAUUUUAUUUCACAUACUUUCCAAAAGACCAACAAAUGGAUGUUGACAACAACCCAAUGAAAUAACAUUUUGCAUAUCUGAAGAGAAGCAUUGAAUAUAAGCCAAAAGGUUUAACUGAAGGUCUUUUUUUUUUCUAAAAAUUAAAAAAAAAAUGUAAAUGUAACAUGUUUUCAUUCCAAACUGGUAGUGGUAUAUAGAAUUUAAAAUAAUAAUGUUGCUUCUUAUUCAAACUGUUGGUCACAUGUACAGUAUAUAAACAUAAAACACACAAGGAAGGUAUUAUGUAUGCAGUAGUAUACUAGAACUUAGGAAAAUGAAAAUUUUAGAAAAUAUGUUUUGUCACCCUGUUGGUCAGAAAGAUGUCUUUCUGGUUUAAACGCAUGCAGGCAUGUAAAUAUUUGUCUGGAGUCACAGUAUUAAUGAAUGAGAUCUUAAGCAUCUGGUGACAUCAGAACUCUGUGUCAGCCACUUUUAUUUGUAUAUUGAACCCUGGUUAGUGCCCCAACUGCACUAUUGAGAAUGGAUUGUGGCUGAACAGUAAAUCAAAACACCAGAAAUAUUUUUAUAUGUUAAUGUCAUAUUAUGUUAAUGUUGCUGAAAAACAAAACCUAACAAACCUUUGAUGUAUCAGUCCAAGACCACGUAGCGCUGAGUGAUAAAGUUAAAAUGUGUUGUGCUUCCCACCCUGGGCAAAGGGGAGGGUGGCUAUGUGUUACUUUCACUGUCUUUUUGAAAGUUACAGUAUGUGUUUUCACUUUUGUGCAGAUAACUGGAAGUAAAGCUGCAACUGUGCUUAUUACACGCUAAAGUUACCUUCUCUUUGUUUUUACAUAUCUGGAGUUACACCUUUAAAGACUGAUCGGAAGCAGUACAGUCAUUGUACAUCCUAUGACUUUUCUGUCUUAAAAUUUUAUGAUCAUAACAUUAUUUAUUACCAUAAAAUAGUAAAAUCUUAAAUGUCAAAGAAAACUAGCUUAAAAUCUUUAAAGAUAGUUCUGAUUGGGUAUUAACUAUUUGGUUAAGAAAAAAAUAAUUAACAUUAUAGAAACUCUGGCACUAAGCUUCUAUAUGUUUUAGGUCUUCCUUGCAAUACUGGAAUAUAAUUCUUUUGUGUAGCUCACUAUUAACCAGUAAGUCCAUUUUAUAAUACAAUAAAAAGGUUAUAUGUACAGUUCCUAUUUUAGCUUGCUUUAAAAAAAAGAGCAAUAUUUUUAUUUAAAAUAUUGUUAGUAAAUGCUUUGUAGAAACUUGGUUUUUUAAGCAUAGUUUUUUCAUAAGCAUCUUUUGUUGUUCGAGCACAAGAAAUUCUAUUCCUAGUUAUGUGUAUUUUGUUG